CGCCCGCCGUUACUUACUAUUUUUCUUAUUAAAACCAGGAAACGCGGGUUUGAUUCUGCAUUGACCCAAUCUGAAUCUCCAAAGCCUCAGUUUUCUCUCCUUGUCUCUGCAAUUUCUUCGUUACGUCCGUUCUUGCAUUAAGAUGACGACUUCAAAGCGCAUUGCCGAUAAGAAAAUUGCCAAAUUCCAGAAAAACAUUACAAGAAGGGGAUCAGUUCCUGAAACCACUAUUAAGAAAGGGUCUGACUAUCCAGUUGGACCCAUUGUGUUGGGCUUGUUCGUCUUUGUGGUCAUUGGAUCAUCCCUGUUUCAGAUAAUUAGGACGGCAACAAGUGGUGGGAUGGCAUGAAGCAAUUUUGACUAAUUUGGCCCACAUGGUAGUAAUGAUCCAGGGUUUGUUGGAAAGAGAGGUCAGAGGAACAGCUUAAAUGGUGCUUGCAUUUUUGAAUAUGAAAGUGACUUGCAUUUCCGUGAUGGUAUGUUUGUUGUGGUUUAGUUAGAAUGUUCAAAAAUCAGUAUUGUUUUUCUUUUUACUUAAAUGUAUGUUGAAUAGCACUCCCUUGUUAUGCAUUAGUUCAAAACAAUAAAAAGUAACUCUUAUCCUAUGGACUUGUGUAAUGAAUUUUAUCUCUCUCCCUGUGAA